AUGUGGUCUAUCAGAUGUAUUCCGGAUAUUCAGGUGGACAGGGAAUCCUACUACCUCAAAGGGAUGAUGUCGGCAAAUGCGCAGACGGAUAUCAUUCUUGAGACGCGUAACUCGCCAUAUCUUGAAGCUCAUCUUUGGCUGCAAUUCGGACUUCAAUCGCCGAUGGGAGAUGUCAAUCUUGAAUGGGGUUAUGGGUUGAGAAAACACAAGGAGGCGCGAAGCUGGGAAGUGCGCGUGCAGAGUAAGAAAGUACAGAACGGGGACGGAUACCCUCCUCCGGGUGACGAUGAGCAGGAUCUGUGA